AUGGCAGCCCUCACUCCCGCCUCCGCGGCGGCCCUCGCGCGCCUCCGCGCCUACAAGCCCCCGCCAACCCAGUACACUAAUGUCCCGCUCGCACGGCGUGCCGCCGUGCUGAUCCUUCUUUUUGCCGACAGGCGUGGCGAUUUGCGCGUCGUGCUGACCAUGCGCGCUGCUGGUAUGAACACCUACGCCGGCCAUGCCGCACUUCCUGGAGGACGUGCCGAUGCUCUCACCGAAACGCCUUUCCAAACCGCUCGCCGCGAGGCGUGGGAAGAGAUCGGCCUGCCGCUACAGGACGCCAAGCUGCCGCCGCCUUUCCGCGUCGAGCACCUCUGUCAAAUGCCCGCCAACCUCGCCCGCACCGAGCUCGCAGUCAGGCCAUGCGUCGCCUUCCUGGCCGCAGACCGCACUUCUUCUACUUCUUCUUCAACCACCACUGCCUCUUCCCCCUCGGAACCCACCAAACCAAUUACCACCACCCAGACCGCCGAAGACCUCCUCAUCCCCCGUCUCUCCCCCCACGAGGUCGCCGCCGUCUUCACCGCCCCUUUCCGCAACUUCCUCAUGGCCGAGGCUGAGGAGUCGGCGAGCGCGGGAGAGGCCGAGGCGGGCGUCGAGGCCGCGGGCUUCCCGGCCAAAUGGUACCAGGGCGCGUGGACGGACUGGCACGAGAGCAGGUGGCGAAUGCACAAUUUCUACGUGCCGGUUGGAGAUAGCAGGGCGGUUGUGAGGGCGAAGGGGAAGGGGAAAGAGAAGGGGGACGAAAAGGAGGGUGAUCAAGGGACUACGGAAGAGAGACCGAGGAAGAGGACGAGAAGGAGUACAGCAACAGGUUCAGGGGGAGGUGGCAGCAGGACGGAAGACGAUGCUUUGUCCGAUCCGCCCAAAGACGCAUUGAAGGCCGCGGACGCGGAUGAGCGGUUCAGGGUGUUCGGCAUGACAGCUAGGAUCUUGGUUGACGCUGCGCGCGUCGCGUACGAUGAGGAGCCGCGGUUCGAGCACAACUCGCAUUUUGGUGAUGAAGACAUGAUUUCGCGGCUAUUACGAAUGGGAAGGCUCAGCCCGGAGCGGAAGAAAGGUGAUGUACUCACUAGGGAGGUUCUCAGGGAGGCGGCGAAGCUGUAG